AGUCAAAUGCGAGCAGGAGCGUGAGUCGAGAGCUCCUCUCUGUUAACGCACUUCGACGCAUUUCAUCCGCUGGAAACUCCGGGUUAUCCCUCGACUUUAUGGGCGUACCUACGCGUUUCUGCAUCACAGAGGAGUAAGGUGAGGGACGGGGGUCACGUCUCCAUAAAUACUUGGUGUGUGCGGAGACCCUGGAUGGACCCUGGAGGAGUAAAUACUGCUGGAGGAGCCUCGCGCACAGGAGAGGAGCGGCGACUUUUCUGCAAGCUGAUACCUCAUUUGUAGAAGCGCUGACUAUAUAUAUUUUUUAAAAAAAGCCUCCGCAGUUGCCCUCGUGAAAGCUGUGGUGCCUCUGUCUCCUAUGGAAAGCCUAUGAUUCUGUAUUGGCAGAAAUAUAUAUUAUUUUACUUGUGCGAUGUAGUUCAACUUCACACCCCAGAGUGAACUACUUGCCAAGAUGACAGCGCUUACACCUUUGAGCCGUGCCGUGCUUGGACUGGCGUGGAGCUGCAUCAGUUUUCUGUCCUGCGCGCAUUGCGGGUUAAGUGACAACCAUGUGCACUCCAGUUUUAUUUACAGGAGGUUGCGCAAUCACGAGCGCCGGGAGAUCCAGAGAGAGAUCCUCUCCAUCCUGGGCUUGCCUCACCGUCCGAGGCCCUUCUCUCCCGGGAAGCAGGCGUCCUCCGCGCCGCUGUUCAUGCUCGACCUGUACAACGCCAUGGCCGUGGAGGAGGAGGAGGAGGGGGGGUUGCAGCAGGGCGUGGGGAAGAGCUUCAGUGCCAAGGCUCAAGGGCACUCCAGGAAAGGCUACUACAGCCCCCAGCAUGCCGGGUACUCCCGCGUGGCGCAGCCUUACCGCGCGGCCCCUCUGUUAGGCCACAGCCCCGCGCUCACCUCAGCGCACGACACCAACUUCCUGAACGACGCCGACAUGGUUAUGAGUUUUGUCAAUUUAGUGGAGAAAGAUAAAGAUUUUUCUCACCAACGAAGACACUACAAGGAGUUCCGUUUUGAUCUGACUCAGAUCCCCGAUGGAGAGGCGGUGACUGCUGCAGAGUUUCGAAUCUAUAAGGACCGCAGUCAUUCCCGAUACGACAAUAUCACUCUGAAGGUUUCCAUAUAUCAAGUCAUCAAGGAAUAUCAAAACAAAGAUGCAGAGACGUUCUUGCUCGAUUCCAAAAAGGUCCAGGCGUCCGAUGGGGGCUGGCUAGUAUUUGACAUCACGGCCACCAGUAACCACUGGGUGAUGAACCCACAGCAGAACCUGGGCCUGCAGCUCUGUGUGGAGACUGUAGAUGGCCGAAGUAUCAACAUAAAAUCUGCUGGAAUCAUUGGAAGGAACGGGCCUCAGUCCAAACAGCCGUUCCUUGUUGCUUUCUUCAAGGCCAGUGGGGUGUUGCUUCGCUCCGUCAGAGCUGCUGGUGGGAAGAAAAAGAACCACAAUCGCAAUAAAUCUACUAAUCAACAAGAAUCAUCCAGGGCACCAAAAACUGGAGAUUACAACACAAGUGAACAGAAGCAAGCCUGCAAGAAGCAUGAACUUUAUGUCAGUUUUCGAGAUUUGGGCUGGCAGGACUGGAUCAUUGCACCUGAGGGCUAUGCUGCUUUUUACUGCGAUGGUGAAUGCUCUUUUCCUCUCAAUGCACACAUGAAUGCAACAAAUCAUGCAAUUGUGCAAACCCUGGUCCAUUUAAUGUUUCCUGACAAUGUGCCAAAGCCAUGCUGUGCUCCAACCAAGCUCAAUGCAAUAUCAGUACUUUACUUUGAUGACAGCUCAAAUGUUAUCCUCAAGAAAUAUAGAAAUAUGGUAGUUAGGUCUUGUGGUUGCCAUUAGAAGCUGGGGGUAACUUUAAUUUAUGCUACUUGGUACGGGAAUCGCUGGAAAACACGUCUGCUGCAGGUGUGAUGUGAUGUACAGUAUUAUGUGUAUAAAGUUUUAUUACCUAAUUUAUUUUGUUGUUUUUUUUAAAUAGCACUGAACAUUGUGAUAUUUAAAUGAUUAGGACAAAUUGUUGAUUUUACUUUAUGGCAGUUAUCAUUUAACUUUUGUGUCCAUUGGCAUAUACUCGCUCUUAGUUACGUCUGUAUGAUAACUUUUAUGAGUUAACUAUUCACUGGAGUCAUCAUGAUACAUAAGAUCGCUUCCCCUUCUGCUUGUUUUUCCCCUUUCACGAUACACUCGUGCUAUAAAUGCUCACUGAGAUGUGGUUAUACUUGGAUGUCAGUAUAUGAUAUUUUUUUCCUCAGUGCUAAUUUUGUAUUCAGUUUAUUUCUGUAAUGGACCAAUACAUGGCCGAUGCAUGCAGAAUAAUGUCACAAAAUGCAGCAUCACAAGUUCACAUUAAAAACAAGGGAGACUUCAAGGUGACGCUAUUAGUGCUUAAGCUGCAACUUGAACAGACUGUUGGAAAAUCUGUAAAUCAAACUGGUUCACGGGGGAAAAAAAUGAGCAUUCUCUAAUCUAAACCAAACUGCUCAAAGCUUUUUUCAAGCUGUCACCAUCUUUCAGCACUGAUACUGUUUUACCUAUUCCACGCCAGUUUUUUUUUUUUCUACAAGAGAGUGUGUCCUCAGAAGGGGAUUAUGAAACACUUCCAUAAACACUGUUUUCUCAUUCCUGUCUGGACGUCUUUGCUUCACACUAAUUCUAGCUUACG